AACAUGACAACCGGAUCAUUCACAUUCUAGGCGAUCUUGUUAUUGAUUUGUUUUUGCAUCAGCUGAUGCUGCUGCUUCUCCCGGGGCCAAGCCUCCCUCCAAUUGGAUAGUCGCCUCUUUGCGGUGCUCUCCCCCUCGCCGGCCGGCGGAGCGCACGGCUCGCCGCUGCAUUGCCAUCGUGUCACUUGUUCACACAAAUCCAAUCGGAUUAUUGGAUUCGGGUGAAUGCUUGGGCAAAUUCGAUUGCCCAAGCAUUCGUUUCGAUUAUUGCCGCUAGCUCGCCGGUCGCUGGAAUCAUUGGACGGCGACGACGAUGGGCAUCUUGUGUUGCUUCCAGUCCCACACCGGCGACGGGACCGCCCACCAUGAUCAUUUUGUGGCUUCGUCCCCGGCUACCUCUUCGUCCUCUGUCCCCUCGUCGUACCGUCGUGCUCCCCCCGAGCGGCAGUCCGCCGGCGUGGAGAAGAGCAGCAGGAGGAACGACAGCAUCGACAACAGCAACCUGGUCGCCCUCGUCAACGACAUCGUCACCGAGUCAGUGAGCUACCAUCACAGGCGGGUGGCCGAGGAGAUCCUCAAGAUGGGCAAGGCGGGCAAGGUGACGGCGCGCGCCUUCACGUACGCCGAGCUGUGCGAGGCCACGGGCGGGUUCCGGCCGGAGUCGCUGCUGGGCGAGGGCGGCUUCGGCCCCGUCUACAGGGGCCGCCUGGGCUCGUCGUCGGGACCGGAGGUGGCCGUCAAGCAGCUGGACCGCAACGGCAUGCAGGGCACGCGCGAGUUCCUGGUGGAGGCGCUCAUGCUCAGCCUGCUCAAGCACCCCAACCUGGUGACGCUGCUGGGCUUCUGCACCGACGCCGACCACCGCAUGCUCAUCUACGAGUACAUGCCGCUGGGGUCCCUGGAGGACCACCUGCUGGACCUGCCGCCGGGGCGCGCGCCGCUCGACUGGGCGACGCGCAUGGGCGUCGCGCAGGACGCCGCGCGCGGCCUCGAGUACCUGCACGACGCCGCGCAGCCGCCCGUGAUCUACCGCGACUUCAAGGCCUCCAACAUCCUGCUCGACACCGGCUUCCGCGCACGCCUCUCCGACUUCGGGCUCGCCAAGGUCGGCCCCGUCGGCGACAAGACACACGUCUCCACGCGCGUCAUGGGCACCUACGGCUACUGCGCACCGGAGUACGCGCUCACGGGCAAGCUCACCACCAUGUCCGACGUCUACAGCUUCGGCGUCGUCUUCCUCGAGAUCAUCACCGGCAGCCGCGCCAUCGACACCACCAGGCCGCCAGACAAGCACAACCUCGUCCUCUGGGCCGGCCCGCGAUUCAAGGACAAGCGACGGUUCGCCGAGAUGGCCGACCCGCUGCUCCAGGGCGCAUACCCAACCAAGGGACUCUACCAGGCGCUCGCCAUCGCAGCCAUGUGCCUCCAGGAGGAUGCCACCAUGCGCCCCGUCAUCAGCGACGUCGUCACCGCGCUCGAGUACCUCACCGUUGCAGGCGGAGGCGCCGCUGACGAAGAACCGGCUCCGGAUCCCAAGCAGCAGCAGCAGCAGCAGCAAAUAGACGUUAUCGGCCACGCCGACGACCAAGCGUAACAUCGUUUUCUCAUGGAAAAUUGUUAAGCGCUGCGUGUGCAUUCAUACAUAUAAUGUGAUGCUGUUGCAUGUGUAUGCGCCAUAGAUCGAUGAAAGGAGGACUUUCAUUACAAACUAUAACGCGUAUUGAUUGUUACAAAGACAGUUGAUGUAUUUUUUUUUUUUUUUUACAAAUGAAUUGACACUAGCUAGCCUUCUGACUAUACUCCGUCCGUCCGAAUAAGAGCAGCCUUUUACCGAUUUAUUAGGCAAAGUCAUACUAUAAUAGGUUUGGGAUUAUAACAAAAAUGUAUCAACAUUUAUGAUA